AUGUUGUCUCUUCCCCAAUCGGAUCAUAUUGUGCGAGUCAAAUUGCUUGAUACAACAACCUACCUGACCGGAAUAGCCAAGGUCUUUGUCGACCCCGUCGUCGCCGGCCACGAGACUUUCAACUUUAAUGAUUUAGCAUUUCUCAUUGAAAAUGAAAGAACCGACAAGAGAGUCAUGUUUGACCUCGGCACGCGCAAGGAUUAUUGGAAUCUCGCCCCAGCAGUGCAGCGGGUAUUUGGCCUGGAUAGUGUCAUGACGGGAGUCAAAGUCGACAAAGACGUUGCUCAAAUACUCGUUGAGGGAGGAAUCAGUCUUGAUACAAUUGGUAUUUUAUUCUUUCAAUGGCAUUGUAAACAAAAUAUAUCACGCGUGGAAGCUAAUGUGAGUAUCCGAGUUGCAGAUUCGUGUAUUUGGUCCCACUACCAUUAUGAUCACUGCGGUGAUAUGUCCCCAUUUCCUCCGUCGACUUCCAUAACCGUUGGAGCCGGAUUCACGAAAGCAGGUCUCCUCCCCGGCUACCCUGAGAACCCCAAUUCUCCCGUUCUGGCUUCGGAUUUCGAAAGCAGAGAACUCAUUGAAAUUAACUUUGAGAGCGGUCUGGAAAUUGGAGACUUCAAAGCUCACGACUAUUUUGGAGACGGUUCGCUCUAUCUGCUCGACUCCCCUGGCCAUUGUGCAGGCCACAUCUCUGCAUUAGCUCGCACCACCCCAUCUUCAGCAAAAGGAGGCACCUCGUUCGUAUUCUUGGGCGGAGACAUCUGCCAUUUUGCAGGUGAUUUCAGGCCCUCGUCUGAAAGACCAUUGCCGGAUCUGGUUCCCGAAUUUGCUCUUGCAAGGCGCCAUGCUCCUGUUCCGUGUCCCUGCUCCAUCAUCAGAAACCAUCCAAAUGCGGAUGAUGAACUAGCAGGACGUACGACGCCUUGGUAUAAGAUGGCUGGUGAUUUUCCAACUGCUUAUCAUGACAUCCACGAGGCGCGUGAAUCUGUAUCUAAGAUGCAGGCUUUGGACCAGAAUGACGAUAUAUUGGUCUGUUUGGCCCAUGAUGCUGUUCUGCUUGAUUUCAUGCCGAUAUUUAAUGAGGAUCCCAAGAAAGAUAUCAAUGGAUGGAGAGAAAGUGGCCUGAAGGAAAAGUGUCACUGGGGUUGGUUGAGCGAGGUUCCUAUAAAUGGAGAGCCGGCACAGACUCCUCUGGUCAAGGGCUUCUAG